AACCGUAACACUAGUUUCAGGGUCAUCCAACUUUCUCAAUUCGCAGCACCUUCUUCCUCGUUUCUAUCCGCCAACUCUUUCCUUGAAUUUCCGCGUCCUACAUCAGAAAACCUCGGGAAAUUAUCUAUUUAUAUAUUUUAAAAGUAUACGCGGAUUUCAUAGCCAUAUACGCAGGCAGUUAGUUGAAUGGGUCGAGUUCAAUUGUCUCCUUGAUGCUUACCAUUUAAGAAGGAUCAACAGCCGUAGUGGAGUUGUUCAAAGCUUCUUGUGCACACAAAGUGCUUGUUGUAAUGCCUCCAAAAAUCUUAGCCCUUGUGACUUCUUGAUUUCGGUACACAAAUUCUCGCUUCUCGUCAUUCUGCUUAAACUGCUACUCAACUUCUAAAAAUCUGUUAACUUCUUGAUUUUAUGCCAAAAUUUCGCCUGAUGUUAUUCUGCUUAAACAGCUUGUCAGCUUCUAAAAAAGUCGGUAUGUUGAACCUUGGAAGGCACUUCGCACACGUGCUUGUUUUGUAAUGGCCCUAGAACUUGGGCAGUACCCCAAUUUCCUCAUUCUUUAGCUUUCCUUCUGGUAGCGUUUUUGUUUCCCAUUGUACCACUAAUUGCGUGAUGUAAAGCUGUUUAAAUUGCUUCUCAAGAUCAUCAACUAAGAUAUAUAGUACUUGUAAGGGAUUAAGAAUCAAGUAUGGCUGUAAUUUACGACAACUGGGAAAGGCUGGUAAGAGCCACGCUCCGCAGAGAGGAUCUCCGACUUAGUGGCCAAAGGACCCCCAGCAGUGUUUCUUCAGUAUCAGGAUCGUCGUCUUUCAAUUUUGGUUUUUCCUCCAGCCCAGUUUCAUCUUUUAAUAUCCUGAGUUUAUUAGUUGGGGACUCAUUUUCGUAUGAUCAAAUUCUCCAAGCAACAAAUAGGUUGGAUGACUCCAAUCUUAUCAAGCUUGGCAGCCAUGGGAAAUUCAUAUAUGGUGUCCUAGAAGAUGGGACGCAAAUUCUUGUUGAGAAAAUUGAUCUGUCUGAUAAGACAGAAUCAUGUUUCAUGUCAGAAUUGGAAAAUUUUGGCAAGGUUUGUCAUUCUUCAUUUACCCUUUUGGGGCAUUGCUUGGAGAAUGGGAAAGACAAGUUUCUUGUGUACAAAUAUCUACCUCAUCGAGGCCUGUCAAGAUCUUUGUAUAGGAAAAUUGAUCUGAAUGACAGAAUCCAUCUGCCACCGCUAGACUGGAAAAGAAGGUUGAUGGUUGCAGUGAAUACUUUGCAAAAGAAAAUUGUAUCAAAUACUGAUAAGCAUUCACCAAUGUUAGAUAGUAAAGUUAAAUGGAAGAUUGUGGUGAAAAUAUCAAGUGGAGCUGCUGAGGGUCUAUAUAAUGCACAUCAUGAAUUUGUUCCACAUUUUUUUGAUGGCUCAGUUUUGGAUAGUAACUACGAGGUGCAGUUGGGAAGGCAUAGUGACAUCCAUGCUGAAGUAAAUGACAGUUGGAAUCGGAUUGCCAUGUUGCAGCAAUUGCCUAAGUAUCAAAUCAUCAGAUUACAUGAAAGAAAUUUUGGAGACAAUUCCAAGUGGUUGGAGAUUGUUGAAGAGGUCGAUCUUGUCUUAUUUUCUGUUUCUUUGACGGAUUAUGAUGAGUUCUAUGUUGACAGCGAGGGAUGUCGCAUAAACAAGAUGUUGGCUAGCAGGAAGCUAAUGGAGAAUGUAGUUACUCAUGCAACCUUUGCAAAUAAAAACUUCCUUUUAGUACUUGACAAGUUUGACUUGUUUGAGAAAAAAGUUGGACAGGCUCCUCUGACACGAUGUGACUGGUUUCAAGAUUUUAAUAUAGAGGUUCUUCCAUGUAGUUCCGCGUCUGUGGGUCAAUAUGCUUUUCACUACAUUGCAGUAAAAUUUAAAAGGUUGUUCGAUUCCAUCACCACUGGGAAGCUGUAUGUUUCACCAGUUACUGUACUAGGGGCUGAUAGUGUGGAAGAAGCUCUCAAAUAUGGUAGGGAAAUCAUUAAGUGGGAAGAAGAGAAAUUUACCGUCCACUAUAGUGAUGAUGAAUGGUCUUCUUCAAGCUUUUAGUCUAGCACAGCUCCAUAAAUUAUGUGUGGCACAUCCCUGUAAUAGGAGGUCUCUCUGCUUUGCCAAUGUUGAUGGUCAUCUUCCUUAA